AGGUUUCCCACAAUUCGAGGAGAGAGACAAGUCUCCGGAAGAGGUCUACGCCUGCGUCGUCAGUGCAAACGGGAGAAGAAGCACUCUGAAAGAGUCACAGCUAAAACCGCAUUAAGACAAGAUGUCGUCAGGAGGACUGCCCCGCAGAAUCAUUAAGGAGACGCAGCGCCUGCUGCAGGAGCCUGUGCCCGGGAUAAAGGCGGAGCCAGACGAGUACAACGCCCGCUAUUUCCACGUGGUCAUCUCAGGACCCCUGGACUCCCCGUUUGAAGGAGGCAUUUUUAAACUUGAACUUUUUCUCCCGGAAGAAUACCCCAUGGCAGCUCCGAAAGUACGCUUCAUGACCAAAAUAUACCACCCCAACGUAGACAAGCUGGGGAGGAUAUGCCUAGAUAUUUUGAAAGAUAAGUGGUCCCCAGCCCUGCAGAUUCGUACAGUGCUGCUAUCCAUCCAGGCAUUACUAAGCGCUCCCAACCCUGAUGAUCCACUAGCAAACGACGUCGCCGAGCAGUGGAAAACCAACGAAGCUCAAGCCAUAGAGACAGCCCGAACGUGGACCAGGCUUUACGCUGGAAACAACAAUGAAGUGUAGAGAAGCCGGACGCCAUCUCAGCUCCCGCUCUGCUCAGACCUCUUCUUCCGUCAUCUGCAUUAUGAGGACACAGUCUUAGGAAAAAAAAACAACAAACAAAUAAACCAGUAUCAAACAUACACUUCCUCCAUAUGCACACACACACACAUAUAUACACACACACACCACACACACAUACACAUACACACACACACACACACACAUGCACAGGCACACGCGUGAGGAAGAGUCCGCUCCAGACCAUUGGUGAUAUAAAUGCACAUUAGCCAAUCGUUUGUCUUUGUAUUCACUGUUGUAAUGCAUGGGCAGGGGGCCUUCUGUCAGUAGUUUUAACUCGCAUCUAACCAGCAUUGGUCUGUCUCACUGUCUCUGGGGGGGGGGGCGUUGGGUUCAUUUAACCAGCAUUGGUCUGUCUCACUGUCUCUGUGGGGGAGGAGGGGGGGUGGAUCUGAGGGGGCUUUCAUUGGGGGAUGGGUUCCUUUUUACUUUUUCUUUUAAUCUUUUCGUCCUGUGAUGCUCUUGGUUUACAAAACGCCGCUCCUUAGCACCACCUAGACCAUGUGACAAUGAAACCGAGGAACGUUUCCUCCCUGAAGAGUGAGGGCUGUUUAACCCUCUCACCCGUCCCGUGGGGAAAGGGCUGGGGGGGGGGGGGGGAAUGUCCGCAGACUGGCUUUCCAGCGAGGCGCCUAUUUAAAUACAGCAUCCGACUGUGCACUGUCUUGGUUCUUCUGCCCUUGCCCAGUUCUGAGAGUAUUAUGCGUUUAGAGAGAGGUGGUAGAGUCUGCUGGACCUGUGGAACCUCUGGCAGACCAGGUUUGAGUAGCCCUGUCGUAGUUACACUGGAGACGAACUCCAGAGGUUGGCUUUAAAAUAUCAAAAAAGGCAAAAAAAAAUUUUUUUAAAGGAAACUGCAAACUCAGAAGCUGCGAAAGAGGAAAUGACAAAAAGAUGGAAAAAUAAGUGAAGCCACAAAGCCACCGUAGCUUACAGUACCAUCAUCUUCAUCACUCACCCCCUGGCGAUAGGCCGCCACCUUAACGUUGGCUUGUGUGGGGAAAGAAAAAACAAGACACUGUUAAUCUUAUGUUUUAGUUAA